UGAUCUGUGUGACACCGGUUGGACUUCUGUGAUGGAGUUUUGCUGACAUCCAACCAGUAACGCUUCGUGACUUUUCUACUGACUGUCUACCUGCACGUCGGUAUCCACCGGGGGUUUCAGCCGGGCGACAUGGCGGACAACAUCAUCAUCAGGGUGCAGUCCCCAGACGGGAUGAAGAAAAUCAUUUCUACAAAGAGAGAAUCAGCAGCUGCUUUUCUAAAGAAGGUGGCCAACGAGUUUGGGUUCAACUCCAACGGGUUUUCUGUUUAUCUGAACCGCAAUAAAACCGGAGAGAUUCUGUCGCAGAACAAGACCCUCAGCCUGCUUAAGAUCAAGCAUGGAGACAUGUUGUUCCUGUUCCCGUCCUCCUCCGGGGAGGUCAUGGACACAGCCACCCCACACUCAUCUUCAUCCCUUCCUUUCGUCUCAUCAUCAUCAUCUUCGUCCUCCUCGAUCCACCGGUCCUUUUCAGCGCCCCAGGUCCAGGAGGACGAGAUCGAUCAGUAUCUGGCCAAACAGGACGGCAAGAUCUACCGGAACAAAGACGCUCAGCUAUGUCGACAUGGUGCUCUUGGAAAGUGCGUGCACUGUGUACCGUUAGAGCCUUUUGACGAAGACUACCUGAAUCACCUGGACCCACCAGUGAAGCACAUGUCAUUCCACGCGUACCUUCGCAAGCUGACCGGCGGCGCUGAUAAAGGGAAGUUUGCAGCUCUGGAGAACAUCAGCUGUAAGAUCAAGUCGGGCUGCGAGGGGCAUCCUCCCUGGCCUGAGGGGAUCUGCACCAAGUGUCAGCCCAGCGCCAUCACUCUCAACAGACAGAAAUACAGACACGUGGACAACAUCAUGUUUGAGAACCACACCAUCGCCGAUCGCUUCCUGGACUUCUGGAGGAAGACGGGCAGUCAGAGGGUGGGUUACCUGUACGGCAGGUACACCGAGCACAAAGACAUCCCUCUGGGCAUCAGAGCCGAGGUGGCUGCCAUCUACGAGCCGCCGCAGAGCGCCACCCAGAACAGCCUGGAGCUGCUGGAGGAUCCUGCAGCUGCAGCUGUAGAUGACAUCGCCGCCAAGCUGGGCCUCUGCAAGGUGGGGUGGAUCUUCACUGACCUGCUGUCCGAGGAUACGAGGAUAGGUACAGUCCACUACACGAGAAACAAGGACUCUCACUACCUGAGCGCAGAGGAGUGCAUCACAGCCGGGUACUUCCAGAACCAGCACUCAAACCCCUGCAGGCUCUCGCGAGACGGAUACUUCGGAUCCAAGUUUGUGACCGUUGUUGCAACAGGUGGUCCAGACAACCAGGUUCACUUUGAAGGAUACCAGGUGUCCAAUCAGUGCAUGGCUCUGGUGCGAGACGAGUGCCUGCUGCCCUGCAAAGAUGCUCCUGAGCUGGGCUACGCUAAAGAGUCGAGCCCCGAGCAGUACGUCCCCGACGUCUUCUUCAAGGACAAAGACAAGUUUGGAAACGACAUCACGUUUCUUGCUCGGCCUCUUCCUGUAGAGUAUCUCAUCAUAGAUAUUACAACAACUUUUCCAAAGGACCCUCAGUACACCUUCACCUCCACACAACGCUUCCCCAUCGAAAACCGGGACAUCCUCGGAGAGACACAAGAUUUCCACAGUUUAGCGACGUACCUGUCCCAGUGCUCCUCCACGUCAUUCCUGGACAUCGUGUCAGACUUCCACCUGCUCCUCUUCCUCGUCACCAACGAAGUCAUGCCUCUGAGGGACAGCAUCGGCCUUCUGCUCGACGCCGUGAGGACCUCGAACGAGGAUCUGGCCCAGACCUGGAAGAAGUCCGAGCAGUGGGCCACCAUCGAGCAGCUUUGCAGCACCGUUGGCGGGCAGCCCUCCAGCUCUCUGGGUUACGGGGCCAUGGGCGGCUCCUCGGUUCCCGCCUCCUCCUCAGCCAUGUGGUCGUGCCUCCACUGCACCUUCAUGAACCAGCCCGGCACGGAGCACUGUGAAAUGUGCAGCCUGCCCCGCAGUUAAAGGCCUCCACCCACCCUGAGUCCACCCUCCCACCAGUUCCAGCUGCAGCGCCGGCCGGCCUCACUGUUUCAUGUCAUGGUUUGUUUCUGAACGCCCGGAAGGAUGCGCUCCUACCCAAGCAAAUCAAACCAGACUGAUAAUGUUUUGAUGAUUUUUCCAUCCCUUCGCACAGCUGCUCCUGUGAGUGGUACCCCCCCCCCCCCCCCC